CCCUUGACGUCAUAACCAAGGGUUUGACCACCGAAAAUGGCGGACCUAAUAAUGUCGUGUUGUAUCAGCGAACACGAAAAGUCGCAACGCAGCAGAAGUCGAGAAAUUGACAAAAAUCUAUUGAAAGAAAGGAUCAAUUUUAGAAGGACAGUUCGAAUUCUUCUUCUUGGUGCUGGUGAAAGUGGAAAAAGUACUUUCCUUAAACAAAUGCAGAUCAUCUACGGACAGGACUUCGAAAAUGAAGUAGUUCGCGAGACUUUUAAAGGUGUAAUUUACAACAACGUAGUCAAAGGUAUGCGAGUUCUCAUCGAUGCAAGACACAAACUCGGUAUUCCGUGGGGCAAUGACGCUUGUGCUAAAGACGCAGACUUCGUUUUUGCAUACGACAGCAACACGAGACUUGACGAGCGCGAGUUCUCGAAGUAUAUUGAACCAAUGAAAAAGUUGUGGACUGACUCUGGGAUUAGAACAGCAUUUGACAGACGGAGAGAAUUCCAGUUGGGAGAUUCAUUACGUUACUUUCUGGAGACUCUGGAUAGAGUUGGGAAUCCGAUGUACAUACCCAGCAAACUGGACAUUCUACAUGCACGCAAAGCCACUAAAGGCAUCAGUGAGCACCACAUUCUCAUCAAGGGUGUCCCUUUCAUGUUUGUGGAUGUUGGUGGACAGCGUUCACAGCGACAAAAGUGGUAUCAAUGUUUUGUUGGGAUUACAUCCAUUCUCUUCCUGGCCUCAUCUUCCGAGUUUGAUCAGGUCCUAAUGGAAGACCGCAAGACUAAUCGACUUCAGGAAUCAUGUGAUAUUUUUGAAACAAUCAUCAACAACAAGUCUUUUAGCAAUGUGUCCAUCAUCCUUUUUCUCAACAAAAUGGACCUGCUGCGAGAGAAAAUUAAGCAUGUCAGCAUUGCAGACUACUUCUGUCAGUUUGAGGGAGACCCACAGGAUCUAGACACUGUAAAGGCCUUUGAGCUUAGCUUGUUUGACAGUCGUCGUCGGGAGCGCAACAAGCCUCUCUUUCACCACUUUACUACAGCCAUUGACACAGAGAACAUUAAACAUGUCUUCCAGGAUGUGAAGGAUACAAUUCUGCAUGAUAAUCUCCGCUCUCUUAUGCUCCAAUGAAACUGUUUCACUCAACUUUGGAACAAGGUACAUCUUAGUGACAAAUGGUUGUAAGCUUUUGUAUAAAGAAAUUAUAAGGUGUCACAGACUUGUCUACGGUAGGGCUGAGGGAGAGGGAAGAAUGAAAAGUAAAAAAAUAUGGGGUGGUGCUUGUCUUUAACUGACUUUUGACUUUAAAAAAAGGGUUUUUCAGAUAGGUCUUUGACGAGGUUAUUAAAUUAGAUGGUUAGAUUAUUUUGAUUAUUUUAAUUAAAUUUAUUUCCAAUGAAUGAUGUUAAACAGACUUAUUUUCUGCUUGUUUUUAAGGUAAUGUUAUCUGAUGAUCAUGCAUUAACUACAGGACAUUGUUGAUUGAAAUUUCUGCUGUAAACUUGAAAAGCAUAAAUGCAUGUUCUACACUUAUUUUACUGGUGUUUUUCAUGAUAUAGUUUUGGUGCCAUAAAUUGAUAAAAAUUGAUUUCUUUUGCUACUAUGCCUCCAUUUGAUUAAAAAAAAAAUCUGUGACAAGAAAUGUGAAAUUAAGCAUCACGGGGAUAAAAAAAAAAUUCUAGAACAAAUGCAGCUUAACUAGUUUGCUUUGCUUACCAUUUUGGCUUUUUGUUUAACCCUGCCUAAAGAAUUGUUAGCAGUUUUGAAGAAGGUCUGAGGAAAAUCUUUUUUGUAGUUAUUUAGGUAAUGGGCAUAAGUGCAACAAAAUGCCCCUUCCAUUUUGCAUUCAGUUGAAAAUCAAGGGUCAAGAGAAAACAGGGUUUGCUGUUAUGGAAGAAAAAACGUGUAAUUCUCUGAGCUCUGCAUGUUUGUUAUUAUGUGACCUUUGGAGGUUCAGGUUAAUGCUGUAAACCUUUAGAACUACACAAUAAAUUAGUAGUCUCCAACAACUAAGAAAAAUGAAAGAAUAAUAUCCACAGAGUUGAUAGUUAACAAAAUCUUUCUCCCUAUUAAAAAAAUAAAUUCCCAAAAAGUGUGGUUCAUAUUGAACAUAAAAACAAACUUACAAUUCAGAUGGUGCUGUUUAAACUUUUUAUUUUUCAGUCUCUUUUGGGCUGGGUGAGGGCUAUUGUUUUUCCUAUACUUCAUCAGACUAUCAUCUGUUCUCAAGAGUUGCAAGGGUUGUCUCUGCCCAGGUAAUACAGACCUCUAGCUGUUGGAGAGUCUUGUUUUACUUUCAGGUACUUGGCAAUUUAUUUGAUUUGUUGCUUUAUUUACAAGUAUAAUCUGAUGGCUCAUCCAACAGUUUUUAUGGUUAAGUUUACCAUGGCAUUGCAGCAUAUCAUUCAGUCAAGGGAUCUUGUAUCUGUUUUUUAUUUUUUCUUAGUACUCUUGGUAUUAUCUUGCUUGGACCAGAACAUAAAUAUUACAAAUCCUAAACACAAUCAUCUUAACUGACAUUGAACCUAAUUUUAUGCUGAACCAGGUGAAGUGGGAUGAGUGUUUUUACAUACAUAUUUACAAUACAUUUUUAAUUGUAAACACUUUUGCCUGUUCUUUAACCAUCUUCAAGUCAUUUUCUUUUAAUCCCAUGUUCAGUGCCUCCAUAUUUUUCUUGGCAUAAACCUUUUGUGUGUCCAGUUUUUGUUUCCUCACCCCUGAUGCCCCUGCUUGUGUCAUAUUUAUCUUACCCUUUCCUUGAUAGCGAAGGAAAACAUUUCUUGUUAACCCAUAUCUCUAUCCUUCUCUUAUCUCUCACUGGAAAGUUUAAAGGAUGUCAAAAAUUUACCAGGAAAGGUUUUAUCAUUUUUUCAUCCAUCAAAAAUUUACUACGAAAGGUUUUAUCAUUUUUCCAUCCAUCCAUCCCUUACUCUCCUCCCUCACCACCACCUAUAUUUUCCUUUCUGACUCUAUUGCUGAUCUUGCUAGCUGGAGGAAAGGAGCCUAUUGCCUAUGUUAAAAUAUCUUGUUUCAGUGGAAUUCUCAUUGCUGGUACUUCAGUUCUUUUUGCUGGCUUGUUAGGUGGCAUGUGAGCAUGGUCAGCUAGCAGCAUUGCCUAAGCAACCAGUAGCUUAUAUUGCUAAAUAUAGUUUUAAAAAAAUGUUGUUUUCAGAUUUUUUCACAAAAUAGUAUGAGUUUAUGAAUAGAGGUUGACCCAUGUAGUAUAAAAAUGGUUUCUAUUUCAAGGUGCUAGGACUUUUUUUCCAUUUUUUUUAACCAGCCUUUUAAGGAGUUAUUAGCAUUAUUUGGUUCUUUGCUACACCUACUAAAUCAAUACUUUUGUUAAGGUUUCAAAAAGGGUUAAAUUUGAAGCAUUUACAAGGGCUAAAGUCUGACUUUCUGUUGAUGGAUUUGCCAGUUUUCAAGGCUAGUUGCAAAGUGGUGUUAUGCGAGUCAAGCUGCUUACUUUUAUUGCUAGUACCAGCACUAUUUUGAAUUGCCCCUUGGGAUCAAUAAAAUUGUAUUGUGAAAGGUCAAGACUAGGCAUGUUAGUUAUCCUAUCUGCUGGUAGGUCUAGAAGGUGAUGCUGUAAUAAACCAUAAGCAGAAAUUUGAGUGUAGUAAUGCUUUGGCUGCAAUUAUUAGCUAGACUGCUGGUCUUGGCUGUCAGUUGACUGCAGUGAAAAUUGGACUAGCUAGUAUUUGUGAUGGAAGUGUAGUUAAUAGGAGGCCAAGACAAAAUGGUGCAUUGUAACUUAAUUGUCAGAACAUAAACCUAGUCAAAGGAUCAUUUGUAUGGUAUACUUAUUCCUUUUAAUGAAAACACAUCAUUAUGAAGCAUUAAAAUUGCUUGUUUAGUUUCCUUGUUCUUUAUUCAGGACAUAGCUGCUCUCACUGAAAGCAUGUUGUUGUUUUAUACUAUAGCCUGUGAAUUGGACCAUGCUUGUAAAUACCCUGUGAUGGGUAGUAGUAUUUGCUGCUUCAUAAUCUUCUUACGUUUCACUGUGGUCGCAGUGGUUGUGGUUUAUGUGCAUCUGAUGUUUUGUUCAUAGGAGUUGUGAAGUAGGGGAUUUGAGAAACUAGUGUUUACAAGGAAGUGGGUUCUUUAUGCCUCAAUGUUUCAGGUGUGUCACAUUUAAGGAGUACUAAGGGCAAGUUUGAGGGGAAAAAAUUAGGAAGGUAAAAUACAUGUUAUUAUGACCUAAACUUUUGUCAGCAUCAAAACCAGCUGCCAAUGUUUGCUAAAGAAAAAGAGAUAUCAUUGAAACAUAAUAUCUUUACAGGUGAUGGACAGAAUCAUCUGUUGGUUAUUUUAAGAAUGUAUGCAUCUUUCCAUUUGGAAGUAUUUCUAACUACAGGUCUAGUCAGGAAGAUGCUCUUUUUUUUUAUAUAUAUAUAUAUUAAAAAUUCUUGGAACCUAGUCAGAUCUUUGCUCUAUUGUUCUUGCAGUUCUUUUUUUAAAUCUAAACUAAAGCAUAAAGCUAGACAACUGCUUGCUAAAAUGUACGGUACCAUUACAUUGCUCUUUUGAAUUGACACAUGCUUGCAUCUGAUAUUAUAUUGCUGUUGUGGAAGAAUUUGGGAUUGUUAGAAGGAGACACUGUGUGAGAGAAAGACUGUGUAUUUGUUCUAACUGUAGUCUACAUACAAAAUUGAAAGACCCUCAACUCCUUUUUGCCCAUCAAAAAGUACACUGCUUUGUAUAAAGAUGCAAAAAGAAAAUGCUCAAAAAACCAAUGGAAGAGAAAGAUAAUAAAAACUUUUGAUUGCAAUGACAAAGAUGAUUUGUAGAUUAUUCAUACUUUUGUAAGAAUUGUUUUAAGUUGUGGUGUUUACCUUUUACAUACGGAUUAUGGCUUUUCUUUGGUACAUGAGGGAAGAUGUCUUUUCGCUGAGAACAUUUGUUUGUACGGGGGAUGUAAUGAUCAAUCAGUGAAAGAUUCCAAAGGUUAACAUCUCACACUUAGCCAUUACUGGCAUAAAGUUGAAUUGGAUGUUUUUCCUCAUUAUCCUAGUUUUAUGUAAAAGAGAGAGAGAGAGUGAUCAAAUUUUUUAGUGUGACUGAUACUAUGACAGAAAACGGAAUGUGUGCAGCUGAUUUUUUUUUUGUUUUUGUUUUUGCAUAGGAUGUGUGGAAAAUAAAGAUUGCUGCAAAAUCAAGAGCUUAACUCUUUUCCACAAAAAGUGCUAUCGAUGUUACGCACUUGACUUUAUUGAGGGGGAGGUGGGUUCUCUUAACUUUGGCAGCCACUGCUGAUGUUGCUACAGUUGCAUCCAGCUGUUUCUGGUAACUGCCACAAACCUGUUGUAUGUAUUUAGAGAUAAAUACAUCUCUGAUAAAUACAUCCCAUUAUUCUAAAAGUUCUGUAUUAAAAUCUGGAAUGCAUAUUUUGUUUAAAUCAUUUGGCCUCAUGUUUUUAUUCAAUUCAAUUCAAUACAACUUUAUUCAUCCACAAGGGCAAUUAUAGGUAUGACGACACGCCAGCUCACUAGAGGGAAGAUUAUGUGAGAGAUUAAAGGGAAUAGAUUCUGGUGACAUACACACACACAUGUGCACACACACCCACUCAUAUAAGCAUCAUAGAUUUUCCUACCAUGCAUUAAUCUGAAGAAUUGCUGUUUUAUCUACCCACCCACUUCUUCACUUAACCUUUAGCCUCUGUGUGAAGAUGCAGCUUCAACUUAACAGUAUAGAGGUUUGCAGAUUUGGAUAAUCCUUGACAUUGUAUUAAACUUCCUGUGUUCAUGACCACAGUAACUGGCUUGUUGUUGUUGAUGAUAUUUUUCUGUGGCUUCCCUGAUAGACCACAAACCAAUAGUCAUCUUGUACAGGAAAACAAGUUUCCUAACAUUCUUUCAAAUGUUUUAAGUUAAGUGUCAAAACUUAGCACAGCAUAUAUUUUCCUGUGCAGCUGUUAUUUCAUGCAUUUUGGUCCAGGAUUGGGAAAGAAAAAAGUCUGCUACAAAAAUUGAGACCAGCAAAGAGUGUGUGUUUGUGUGUGUGCAUAUCUGAUAUAACAAAAACUAUAACUGCAUCUUUUUUUCAGUCCAGUGAUAUGUAAUGCUAAUGUUUUGCAUACUGUUAUAUAAGAUGCAGUCUUCUGUACACCCAUGCCUUUUCUGUGUGGUGGACUACUUGAGUGGGCAGGGGAGGUUGUGGUAUGUAUUUUUUAAAAUCCUAUUUUGUGUCAACAUGAGACUUUACAGGUAUACUGAAAAGGCCUUCACUUCUGCUGAUGUAGUUUGUUGUUUUUUUUUCUAUCUACUGCUGCUGUCGCUGUUAGAAGUGGCUGCUGCUGCUGUCAUUAAGAACAGAUGUUGAAUUUCAGUCUCACAAAAAUGGAAUAACUUCUGCUUCUAUGCAAAAUGAGGAAAGCAUUGAAAGGAUGCGCACAAAAUUUGUUCACCUUGUUAAUUUUAUACAAUGCAUUCAUUUAUGCCCUUUAAAAGGCUGUUGAUAUGUGAUUUAAACCUAUGCCUGUACAUUGUACCCAUUCCUAUCACCAGUCUUCUUAAUAAGAGAUAUGUGCUUUCAGAAGCAGGGAUCAUUCAUUACGUGCAGGAGAGAUAAAGCUAUUUUUUUAAUAUUAUCUGAUAAAGGUAUAGUAUAUCAAAGGUAGCAGCUUUUCUGUUGCUGAAUUCUACAAGGUUUUGUGCAGACAGGAAAACAUGCAUUGUGAUUGGUUGGGAUGUAUGAGAUUCUGCAAAUAUAUGAGGCAGAUCAAAUCUUGUGCUCAAAGCACACCUAACAGGUUUUUGAUUUGUUUUGGAAUAAUGAUGUCAGAACAGUUACUAAACUCAAAAUAUGACUUUUGAAGACAUGGAUCAUGAACUCUAUAUAAAAUUCUGUAUUUAUUUUAUGGCUCUUCCACCUCCAUUAAACUUAUUUGUAUCAUACUUGUCAAUUUUAUUUAGAAGAUCAAGAAUUUGAUUAAGCAUAUGGCUUUUUAAAAAAGCUGGAAUUUUUCAUUUCAUUUUCACUUAAAGAAAUGCUUGAUUUCUCAAAGACUUGAAAUGAUUUGUUGAUGCGAUGCUCAUACUGUAGUUAUGCAUGAACAAGUAUAUAGUUCUGUGUAACCAGAAAUGUAAAUAGAAACACCCUUCUCUUGGGUAAGGCAAUGCUGCAGUUUGUAUUGUUAUGAUGUUCGUAACAGCUGUUAUUCUCUUUACAGUCAUCUUAAUCAAAAGCACUUAUUAUGUUUUCUUCCACUUUACCUGGUAUUUUUGUGACACAAGUCACCUGUAAUCUUUGUUGUUAGUAGCUUUUUAUAUUGUACAUCUCAACCUCAAGUUGUGGGGCGGGGUUGUUGUAUGCAUGUCUGAAUGUGUGUGUGAAGGAGAAAUUUAUUGAAAGGGACAUAAUAAAUAUUUUGUUUGUAAAUUACUGUAAAAAUUCACAUUUAUUUUCCUCUUUUCCAUUUAUGCUUGUACAAUUUCAAAGAGUGAAACCAAGGUUGUAAGAAUUCUGUGCUCAGUUUAUGAAUGUUGUUACAGGUUGAAUGUUUUAUAUGUUGAGGUGAGUUUUAAAUACAAAUGUCCUUCAUUGAUUAAAAUGGCACUGAAUGGUAAAAAGACACUUUGAAAAAGGGUGUGCAAAAAUUAGGUAAGAACUUGUUACUAAAACAAAAGUAGAAAAAUUUUCCUGUCUACAUUCAGGUUAAUUUUUAGGGUUUAAACCCAAUGUUGACAAUGUUUAAAUCAUGUAUGUGACCAAUAUCUGCUGUUCAUAUUCUUAUUUGGUCAAAAUCAGGUCAGAUCAGACUUCAUUUACUGUAUUCCUGAAGUGUGCUAGCAGAAAGAGAAGCCAACAGCAGCUUCACCUGCUGAUCUGUUUGCUUGAAUGGGGAGGGCAGAUGGUGUUUUCACAGAUGUAGCCCCAUUAUGAACAGUGGAGCGUGCAACUGUGUUGCUUGAAGUGGGUUUUGUGUGACAUUUGUUGAGUUGCUAGAAUAACCUGCUGGCCACUUGAGACUGUGCUUGACAAGGAAUGUGUGCACACAUUUUCCGCUUCCAGCCAUGCUUGUAGAAACCAACCAGAGUUUAACUAUUUCAAGAACCUUGGACCAAAACAAAUAAAUGAAUAUUUCAUUUUGCUUUUCAAUAAAGGUGGGGUGGGGAAAGGAUGUUUACAAAGGAUUUUUGUAUUUUAUAUUUUAUCUUCAGUUGAGAAAUAAUCGUCAUCUACCUUGACUUGUCAUUUCUUCUAAGUCUGAAACAAGAUAAAGGAAGUAGGGAAGCUGGUCAUUGUGCCGAUUGAUGUAAUCGUUUUCAAUUUUGAUUCUUUAUAUUUUUCUGUGCAAUAGCCCAUUACUGCUAAGUUUUCUGUAAUCCAGAAACUAUGGCACUGGCAUCAUGGUCAUGAUAAGGUUCAGUCAGAAAUAUUUAUGCAUGGAUACCUUGGUAGCAGGAGCAAAUAAAAAGCUCUCACAGAAAUUUGUAGGGUAGAUCUAUCUAGGAUUUGGUGUAUGCAUUUUUAUUGACUAAUGUCAAAGCACAUUCAACAAAAAUUCUUUGAUAAAGUUAAAUUUUAAUAAAUGAAAAAUUAGUUUAUUAGUUUAUAUAUCUGGCACUGCUUCUGCUGCUGUAUUUUUCUGACUUAAAAGAGAAGGAUAAUUCACUGAUUGUUCUGUCCAAAAUUUGAACAGUAUUCAUUUUGGUUCCCACAGGCUUUCAGCCUUGAAAAUACAUUUGCCCCUAUGAAGAAACAAAGCCUCAAAGGUCUUGAAACACUAUUUGUUCCCUGUUGAAAAUGCAAAGAGAAACACAGAGGCUGAGAAUUGCCAAUACUAACAGGUUAUCAGUGUCAGUUUACAUAUAGUUUAAAACUUAAUUUUCGGGUACAUGAGUGUUUAAAAGGAGAUUAUUCUUAAAGGGUAAGAUAAAUGGUUUUUGUCUUUGAUUUCACGUGCCCCUGCUGAGUAUGCUCUUUCAUUAUUAAACACCUGUUCAUAUUUGUUUGUGUAAACAGUUGUCUGCUCAAAAAUUCUUUGAGUUUUCACUAGUAAUGCUACAGUGAUCAUUUUUCUUUGUUUAUUUGUGCCUUUGGGCAUGGCAAAUGUAAUAAUAUUAAUAACAAUACAAAGACAUUGAAAUGUUUUA